AGCGUGCUCGAACUGGUUUGUGACCCAACUUCCUGGGUGGAGACAGCUGCGCUCCUCGAGACUUUUCUGUUGCUGCAAAUGCUGUGUGAGAACCUGAACAUUGCCCCUUUGUGGAGCAUUAAGAAAUGUAUCACUUACGUGCGGAACGGGAAAAUUACAUUUACUGUAAUACAUUAGGUGAACCAUCAUGAUCCCCAUCACAGAACUCCGGUACUUUGCCGACACCCAGCCGGCUUACCGCAUCCUGAAGCCAUGGUGGGACGUCUUCACCGACUACAUCUCCAUCGUCAUGCUCAUGAUUGCUGUGUUUGGUGGCACGUUGCAGGUCACGCAGGACAAGAUGAUCUGCUUGCCCUGCAAGUGGGUGUUGAAAGACUCCUGCCAGUACCUCAAUGUGAGUGUCACUGACCCCACUCCUGAGCCCAAAGGGAUCCAGUACGACCUUGACCGGCACCAGUACAACUACAUUGAUGCAGUCUGCUAUGAGAACAAGCUGCAUUGGUUUGCCAAGUACUUCCCUUACUUGGUGCUACUACAUACCCUUAUUUUCCUGGCCUGCAGUAACUUCUGGUUCAAGUUCCCCCGGACUAGCUCCAAACUGGAGCACUUUGUGUCCAUCCUGCUCAAGUGUUUUGACUCUCCCUGGACCACCAGGGCUUUGUCUGAGACUGUAGUGGAGGAGAGCGACCCCAAGCCCCCAGGAAAGAUGAACAGUUUUGUGGACAAAAAGGCAUCCAGUGUCAGUGAAGACGUAGAGGCCAGUGUACCCAUGCUCCAAAGAACCAAGUCUCGCAUUGAACAGGGCAUCGUGGAUCGCUCAGACACUGGCGUCCUGGACAAAAAGGAAGGCGAACAGGCCAAAGCUCUUUUUGAGAAGGUCAAGAAAUUCAGGGUUCACGUUGAAGAAGGGGACAUUGUCUACCGGCUCUAUAUCCGCCAGACCAUCAUCAAAGUCAUUAAAUUCAUCCUGAUCAUCUGCUACACAGCCUACUAUGUACGCUACAUUAAGUUCAAUGUUAUCUGCAAGGUGGAUGUUGAAAAGUUGACAGGCUAUAGAAUGUACCACUGUGCUCACCCACUGGCCACGCUCUUCAAGAUCCUAGCCUGUUUCUACAUCAGCCUAGUCGGGAUUUAUGGCCUUAUUUGCAUGUACACCCUAUGCUGGAUGGUCACCCGCUCCCUCAAGCGCUACUCAUUUGAGUCGAUUCGUGAGGAGAGCCGCUACAGUGACAUUCCCGAUGUGAAGAACGACUUUGCCUUCAUGUUGCACAUGAUCGACCAGUAUGACCCGUUGUACUCCAAACGUUUUGCUGUCUUCCUGUCGGAGGUAAGCGAGAACAAACUGCGUCAGCUGAACCUCAACAAUGAGUGGACACUGGAAAAGCUGCGGCAACGAAUCACAAAAAACUCCCAGGAGAAACUGGAGCUGCACCUGUUCAUGCUAAGCGGAAUCCCUGACACAGUGUUCGACCUCAUUGAACUGGAAGUGCUUAAACUGGAGCUCAUCCCAGACGUCACCAUCCCACCCAUCAUUGCCCAGCUGGUUAACCUGAGGGAGAUGUGGCUAUACCACACGCCGGCUAAAAUUGAAGCCCCUGCUUUGGCCUUCCUGAGGGAGAAUCUCAAGUCUCUCCACAUCAAGUUUACCGACAUCAAGGAGAUCCCUUUGUGGAUCUACAGCUUGAAGAAUCUGAGUGAGCUACAUCUCACAGGAAACCUGAGCGCGGAUAACAACCGCUUCAUCGUUAUUGACGGGCUACGGGAGCUCAAGAGGCUCAAAGUGCUCCGUCUAAAGAGCAAUCUAACCAAGUUGCCUCAGGUGGUGACAGAUGUCGGGGUGCACCUGCAGAAGCUGUCCAUCAACAAUGAGGGCACCAAGCUGAUGGUGCUCAACAGCCUGAAGAAGAUGGUGAACCUGACUGAACUAGAGCUGGUGCGCUGCGACUUGGAACGCAUUCCACACUCCAUCUUCAGUCUGCACAACCUGCAGGAGAUUGACCUGAAGGACAACAACCUCAAGACCAUUGAGGAGAUCAUUAGCUUCCAGCACCUGCACCGACUAGUGUGCUUAAAGCUGUGGUACAACCAGAUUGCGUACAUUCCCAUCCAGAUUGGAACCUUGACCAACUUAGAGAGGCUCUACCUGAACCGCAACAAGAUUGAGAAGAUUCCAGGGCAGCUCUUUUAUUGCCGCAAACUGCGCUAUUUGGAUCUGAGUCACAAUAACCUGACCAGCAUACAUGCCGAUGUGGGCUUCCUCCAGAACCUGCAGUACUUUGCUGUGACGGCCAACAGGAUCGAGUCUCUCCCGCCAGAGCUGUUCCAGUGCAAGAAACUGCGCACUUUGAACCUGGGCAACAACUGCUUGCAGUCUCUGCCGUCACGCUUUGGCGAGCUCACAGGCCUGACCCAGCUGGAGCUACGGGGGAACCGUCUGGAGUGCCUGCCCGUGGAGCUGGGCGAAUGCAGGCUGCUGAAGAGGAGUGGCUUGGUGGUGGAGGAGGACCUGUUCAAGACACUGCCCACGGAGGUCAAAGAGCAGCUGUGGAGAGCCGACAAGGAGCCGGUCUGAGGGGAGGGACCAGACAGAAAGAGCCUCAGGACAGAAUUUAAACAAAUUGAGAGAAGGGGUUUGAGGCAGUGGAUGGAGCUGUGCCUACCAAGGCCAUUCUCUAAUGACUCCCUCAACCAGCCUUCACUGGUAUGGGGGGGGAGAUAGAGGUGUCUGUAAUUUAGAUGCACAGCCAGAGAUGGAUGGCGAGUGGCAUCUUGGCUCUCUUGACUGAAUUACUAUUUUUUUUUUUUUUUAGUUUUUCAGUUCAUGUCCUCUGCUCGACAACUUUUUUUCCACUUUCAUUCAGUUUUAAAAAAAUAUAUAUAUUUUCCCCAUUUUUUUUAUUGAAGGACGUGCAGAGAUGAUCCUUGCCAAAUGCUACUGAAAGCGAGGGUGAGAUGGAAAGAAAUGAAAGACUUUGUACUUAGGAGCCUCAGCAUACCAGUAUACAUAAAUGCCACAGAAGGACAAGGAGUUACCCCCGCAGUGCACACACGCGCACACAGAUAAUAUAUUUGUAUGAGUUUUUCUUCCACCUACAUGAUCCACUGCUGGAAAGCAGUCAACAGGAAGGAGACAGUGUGUGGGAGUGGAAGACAUGCUCAUAGCUUACCAAGCAAUAUGUUUGUUUUCUCAGUUUUUCUUCACUCAAGUAUACAGUCCACCAGAACCAGCCAUCUGUGUUUAUCCACAGGCAGUGAGGACACAGGAUCCAAUUGCUUCAAAAGAACACGAUCAAGGUCCAAAGGAGCCAAACCCGGGCCUAGUUCCUUAGGCGCUAAUGUAGGAAAAUAAACUGAAACAGAGGGGUUACCUCAACCUUUUUCAAUGAGAAACGCUUUUCUUUGUUUUCUGCUAAACAUUUUAAAACAUUUUUUUUACCCUGUGACUUAAUGAAAAGGAGACCAGAACCUUUGCAUUUCAAAACAGUGACAUGUAUAUGUCAUUGGCUUAUACAGUAUACGCUAAUAGCGAAGAAGGGACUAAUAAAUGGUUAUUGGUAGAGGAGAAUUGCCCCCGUAGGUGGUUCCUUCAAGACCAGCCAGGCCACUGUUACUAAUAGGCCCUAAAUCAGUACUGUUCUGUCCCAUGUUGUUUAUGAUUACAAGUGUCAUGAUUCAUGAUUUUGUUAAUUAUUCAUGGUUUUGUUCAUGAUUUUUAUGUAUAUGUUUUGAGCAUAGGCACAAACAAACUAUUAUUAUUAUUACUACAAUCAACUGUUCCAAGUUAUUUUAUAUUUACACUAAGCCUCAUCGGAGAAGAAAGGUAACAUUAAUUCAUCUUUGUUCACUUUUUUUAAAUGUAAAACUCAGUAAAACUACCUGUUUUGGAAGGUUAGCAAUGGAAAUAGUCCCACUGGGUGUUUUGAAUCCAGCUCUGUUCUUAAAAAGUCUCUGGCAGUGUUAGGCUGGCGCUCCACUCAUAAAGGUUACAGCUGUGCUCACAAAGUAGGAGUGUGUGAGGAAAUGAGCUACCCUUUCUCAGAGCAAAGCCUAGCUGGUCCUGACAUGCAGUGGGCGGUUGAAUAGAGGCACACUGUAAUGUCACUGUAUUAUUCUCUGACUUGUUCUAGGUCGUUUGGAACAUUUGGAGGAGUAGAAAAUCUCUAUCAGACUGACCACACUACACAGUAUGAAUGAAACCGCACUUUUUAGGCAAACUACAGUGUCAUGUUGGGCGCACAUGCAGAUUGUGUGCUGAUAGUGUUCAAAUCUGUUAAAAUUAACCUAACCUAAGUGGCAAAUGAGAACAAGGGUUCAAAAUUGUUGUGAAUGCAUCCCCACAGCUUUAAAAUCGCACAGGAUAAGUUAUUGUAAACUGAAUUGAAGCAGAAAACCGAUCUGGUUGUAGAACUGGAUGAAGUUAUAUAUCAGAAUAUAUUGCUUUGCGGGUAUGUACUGUUGAACAUAAUUACUGUAAUUAUUUGAUGGCCUUAUAGUAUCCCUUAUCCACCCUUGUCCAAGUCUUUUCAGAUUGUCAGAGUAAUUGUUACAUGAUAUCACUCUGUAUGAUGUCUAGCUAUGCUUGGUACUGUUUUUACACUGUUGAAACAGAAUUAUUUAAUUAACUAUUUGUAUCUGUUGCUCCACCUUUUUAUGUUCUGAUCAUGCCCCUCCCCAAACUAAAAGAAAUAUGUACUUGUACUGACCACAGGGGGAAACUAAAUUCCCUUUGAGUCACAAUAUUUAAACAGACAUUGCCUUUGUACAGACUGACCUUAAAGCACAUUUUAAUUUCACUCUUGCCUCUGAGUCCCUCCCUGUUUUUAAAUAUGAAUUUUAAUGGGACAAUUAAUGUCUGCAACAAUUAAACUACUAGUAGUAGUUUAAAGGCUAAUACCAUUUUUUAGGGGUGUUUUUGGUCUUUCAUUAGCGCAAUAUGGAUUUUUGUCCAUAUUGCCCAGCGCUAAGCUCAAGUUACACGUUUCCCUGAAUUAGCUUCACCCCUAAACUCAGAUCGCCGUUCCCUGAGCUGCAUCAGACAUUGGGGAGAUGAAAUACGAUCUGAUCCUGUAUCAGGUGUUGAGGAAUGACCUCUACUGUACCUAGGCCUAUCUGUAUAGCACUGGCAGCACUUUAGGUAGGUUGUGAUGUUAUGGUCAAAAUGGUUGAUGCUCAUCAUGUUCCUCUGCUGUAUUCUCCCUUCAGCAGGACCUGUUUUGCAUUUUAUUUUACGUGUUUUUUUUUUUUUAACACAACGCUUCUGCAGGUUUAACGACUUUUAGUUAUUUAGACAUUUUCCCCGAAAAAUGAUCUUCACUUUAUUAGAUGAAUGCCUUACUCUGACAAUCUCAUGUGCAUCCGAUGUGGAUACAGCGCUCUCUUGUGGAAUCACGCAGAGAAAUUUUUGUUUCGUAAGAAAAGUUUUUUUAGGUUAUGGGAGCAUUGUAUCAACGUGACCAUUUAGAUAUUUGGGUACAACUGUAGAACUUCUACGACUACAGGGCAGUCAAAACGUAGUCAAAGCAGCAUUCAUGUUAUUUAUGUUGCAUGUUUAGGGUCAUAGUUCCUUGGUUACCUCCUCAUCGCUAUAAUUCUUGCAUUGGCUAUAUGCACAGGCAAACAACCUACUUUCAAUAGGGGUUUUGUGGCACCUGCUGAGGUUCACAGUAGAAUUCAUAAGGUCUCACUACAAUGCAUGUAGCCUAAAGAAACACUUCAGGGAGUCUGAGUCAUGCUUCUUCUUAUGACUUCAUACUGUACAUAGUAACAUGAAUGUCUACAGACACACAAUGUUGCCAGCAAUGUUACACAAGGCCACGGACAAAACACACCCAUGGAAUAGGAAAGCCCAUGGAAAUGCAGAAAAACUGUUGGAAAAUGCUGUUGUUUCUCGCAAGCCAUAAUCAUUUGUGUGGUCCAUUAUACCUAUUAUACAUAUUUCAGUCAGCCAACUGGAAGAGCUCAGUUGAAUCAAGCCUGUAUUUCUUUCAUAGCUUACUUUUUUAUCCAGAACAGAGCUAGCAGGCAUUAGCAUACAUCGGCAGAUGUAGAGCAUUGGCCCGGUAACCAAAAUGUUGCUGGUUCUAAUCCCGGAAACAACAAAGUGAAACAUCUGUUGUAUUGCCCUUGAACAAGGAAUGUUACCAUAGGAAAUACCAUGGACCUGUCAAAAGGGAAUGGACUCAAACUUCAUCAUUUCACACUUUCUUUCUUGUCAAAUUAGCAAACACUGGCUUCCUACAACAAACGCCACAGACAUUUAUUACAAUGGAAAAUUGUAGCCUUGACAACACCAUGACAGGUGUUUUACUGCUUCUACUUUUUUACUAUUCUGAUAUAAUAAAGUGAAACACGUUAACAUCAA